AUGAGAAAUCACACUGAGUUCAUCCUCCUGGGCCUUACGGACAACCCGCACUUACAGGUGGUGAUUAUCCUCUACUUGUCUGUCACAUAUGCGAUGAGUGUCACCGGCAAUCUGACCAUCGUCACCCUCACCUUGCUGGACUCCCGCCUCCACACACCCAUGUACUUCUUCCUGAGCAGUUUCUCCUUGCUGGAGAUCUGCUUCACUUCCUCCUGCAUUCCCAGAUUCCUGGCCACUAUCGCCACCAGGGACAGGACUAUUUCCUACAACUGUUGUGUAACACAGUUAUUCUUCUUCAUACUCCUGGGGGCGACAGAAUUCUUCCUCCUGGCCGCCAUGUCCAACGACCGCUACGUCGCCAUCUGCCGGCCGCUACACUACAUGACCAUCAUGAGCCAGAGAGUCUGCACUCUGCUGGUGCUCUGCUCCUUGCUGGCCGGGUUCGUGUUCAUCUUGUCUCCGGUAAUCCUUGGCCUCCAACUGGACUUCUAUGGCUCGGUAGAAAUUGACCAUUUCUUCUGUGAUGUCUCCCCUAUACUCUUGCUCUCCUGUUCGUACACCUGCUUGCUGGAACUGCUGGCUCUCGUCUUGGCCAUGGGGACAGUACUAAUCACUUUGGCGUUAGUGGUCACGUCCUACACGGCCAGCCUCCGUGCCAUCCUGAGACUGCCCUCCGCUCAGCAGAGAAGAAAAGCAUUUUCCACCUGCUACUCCCACAUGGUCGUGGUCUCCGUCACAUCUGGGAGCUGCAUCUUUAUGUACAUAAAUCGGUCUGCCAAGGACAGGGUGAACCUGACCAAGGGGGUGGCGGUGCUGAACACUUCCGUGGCCCCCAUGUUGAACCCUUUCAUCUACAGCCUGCGGAACCAACAGGUCAAGCAGGCCACCAGGGACCUGGUGCACAGCGUUGGAUUUUCCUCAAGGAGGCGAGGGCCCUUGGUGACAAAAUCCAGCCGGAAAAUGUGCAGGAGAUGCAAAGUCUCGACCACAGAGACUCAGUAG